GAAGCAAGCCCAGGUCUGUUUGAACGUUUUCAUCACUACUCGCUACUGUAGUCUCAGUUUACAUGAUUUGAUGUGGUUAGCAACCCGAACAUUUGCACCUUUAUCUAAUGGCAGACAGCUUCUUAGCAUUGCUUCUGUAGCUUCAUUCAAUUUCGCAUGCCCUCUUUCAAAUCGACCACUACCACCAAAAACGAGAAGAGUUGAAUAUAACUACGGUGGUCGAAAGUAUGUCGGAAUUGGCAAGCUUGGUGACACACUUUUGGAUGUCGUUCUUGAUAACGAAAUGCCUUUUAUUGGUUUCGGAUCCUGUGGAGGUAAUUGUGCUUGUUCCACAUGUCACGUUAUCCUCACACCGGAACAUUUCAAACGAGUUGAUCGAAUAAAUCCCGCGAGUGAAGAAGAGAACGAUUUGUUAGACGAAGCUCCCGAACUGACCGAUUAUUCUCGCUUGGCUUGUCAGGUCCCACUAGAUCGAAAAGACCCCGAGACGCUUGUGGUCAAGGUGCCGCUGGAAAAAGCAGACGCUCGUAUCAUGAAAUGAUCGGCAUCAAAGAGCAUCAGUUAGCCGAAUUAGUAAGAAUAAUGUUCAUAAAACGCUCGACCUUCCAAAUUUUUGUAAACCCAAUUUGCU